AUGGCUAGGGCAACGAUCCGUUCAGGGUCGAUUAACCUUCUUAACACAAUCAUAGGAGCGGGCAUCCUUGCCAUGCCAUAUGGACUCAUGUCCAAUGGCUUGAUUUUCGGGUCAGUUCUUAUAGUCUGGAGUUCGCUUACUUCAUCGUUUGGGCUCUAUCUUCAGAACAAAGUAGCUAAGUACACGGGCCAACAGGGAGCUGUAUCCUACUUCAGUCUUUGCCAAUUGACCUAUCCGCAACUUUCUAUUAUAUUCGAUGGUGCUAUUGCUAUUAAAUGCUUCGGUGUGGGUGUUUCAUACUUGGUGGUGAUUGGUGAUUUGAUGCCUAAAAUCGCGGAGAGUUUGGGUUGUGCUGAGGAUUCGUGGUUUAUGGAAAGAAACCUCUGGAUAUCGUUAUUCAUGUUUUUGAUUGUCACGCCCCUCAGUUAUUUGAAGAAAAUGGACUCACUUAAGUACGCCAGUGUUGUGGCUCUCGUUUCUGUGGUCUACCUCAUAUGUUUGGUGAUAAGCCAUUUCUUUUUGGACAAAAACCCAAAUCCAGUCAGUAUUCAUUUGGGCCCCGUUUCUUGGAGACUGACCUUGGCCUCGUUUCCUAUCUUUGUCUUUGCAUACACAUGCCAUCAAAACAUGUUCGCUAUUCUUAAUGAAUUAGAGCCUAGCGAAAAAGAUGGUUCCCAAACACGCCAAUCAAACAUUAUUAUCCGCAAUGCUAUUCUGAUCGCCUGUGGCUCAUACUUGGUGGUUGGAAUUUUGGGUUAUUUGACUUUUGGAGAUGCUGUCAACGCUAAUAUCAUCACCAUGUAUCCAAAAGACUCGAUCCCUUCUCUCAUUGGUCGUUUAUGUAUUGUCAUCAUGGUGUCUCUUUCAUUUCCACUCCAGUGUCACCCAUGCAGAGGCUCUGUCAACCAUGUCAUUCAUUUUCUUCAGCACGGUGUUCUGUCGGAUGCCAAUGCGCGUCGGGGCUCGACUCCGGGAAGCGGCUAUCUUCCAAUUCCUGAUGAUUCUCAUUCUGCUGACGAGUCUUUUAUCAGUACAACACCAAUGGAAGGUGCCCACGACACGGAUGGUCAUGACCCUGUGAUCGUUCCAUUAACGAAGAAGAAAUUCUACAUCAUAACAACAGUCAUUGUGAUUGCCUCCUAUUUAACUGCUAUCUCCGUUAAGUCUUUGGCUCAUGUUUUAGCCUUUGUCGGAUCAACUGGAUCAACUUCCAUCUCUUUCAUUUUGCCAGGUUUGUUUGGCUACAUGUUAAUCAAACCUCUCAAUGGGGCAACUACAUUGACCAAUUUAGAAAAAAUAAGCAAAUACGGUGGUCUUGCUCUAAGUAUAUGGGGUGUUAUCGUCAUGAUCGUUUGUUUGAGUGUGACUAUCUUCCUCCAACCAGCAGGACACUAA